AGAUUGUAGAAAAUCAGAAUGGGCGAGGACGUAGAACGACAACCUCUCCUCAACCAAGAACGACAACCUCCUCAAAACCCAGAAUAUGGUGGUGAGUCAAAUGGCUGUAUUGGUGGUAUUGCUGCAGGCCCUGACGAGCUUCCCCCUCCAUAUCCAUCCCUUACAGACGGAGUACCUAUGGUGGCGUGUCGAGUUUGUCAGAAUAUGAUUGAUAUUUCAGGGAAGAAAGACCAGCAUGUGGUGAAGUGUAGUCAAUGUAAUGAAGCUACACCCAUCCGGAACGCCCCUCCCGGCCGGAAGUAUGUAAGAUGUCCUUGCAACUGUUUACUCAUCUGCAAGAGCAGCUCACAAAGGAUAGCAUGUCCACGACCAAACUGCAAGCGAAUAAUAAACCUGGCGCCGAGCGCUACAGUUCCCAUCCCUACUCCUAAUGUACCAGGUAUGUGUCGAGUGACCUGUGCACACUGUCUGGACACAUUUCUGUUCAACACGUUAAACAACGCGCUCGCUAGGUGUCCACACUGCAGGAAGGUGUCGAGUAUAGGUCCAGAGUUUGCUAGAACCAGGGCCAUCAUCUUCUUGGUCUUCGGUCUCAUCGUACUCGGUAUUGGGAUCGGGAUAACAUGUGGAACCUUCCAUAUUGCAAAUGAGAAAGGUGGAAUGUAUGUGGUGUAUAUUGGAGCAUUUCUGGUUGCAUUGCUGCUUUUGCUGAGAAGUGUUUACUACUGCUUCAUGAAGAUCAGUCUCAUCGAGGGACCCAUUCAAUCCAUUUCAUAACAAUACUAGAGUGCUCCAGGGACAGAUGAGAAGGUGGAAGGAUUGGGAGAAGAGGAAGGAGGUGGAGGGAAGGAAAAGCUUGCGUUUAAUGAAUAAACUAAUUAUUUUAUGAUUUACUGUCUAUACUCAUCAGAUCUGUUUUAGUUCCGUCCUUAAAAUAGAAUUAUUGUCUCAA